ACCAUCUCCCUCUCUCUCUUUCUCACCCUCGGUCGUUCUCUCCACUCUGUUGUCUGUUUUCACAUCCUGUGGAUCUUUUCGAUGAGUGAGUUUCUUUCGUGGAGGAGAGAAAGAAGAAGAGGGGGCGGCGUGUAUGAUGUUGUGUAUCUGCAUUCUGGCUGCGACUGUGCUUUCCAUUCGCACUUAAUCUGUCAAGAUUUCUCCCCUCCUCGCACAUGAGAACGAUGCAGAAGUGUACUGGCACUGUUGGGUAGAGAGAGAGAGAGAGAGGGAGAGGGAGAGAGAGAGAGAGCUGUAUGUGCUUCAGACUGCGCAGUGAUGUCUUGGCAGCUUCAGGAACCAGGCGCAUGUUCGUUUCAGUAAUCUCCUCUUCUUCCUUUUCCAGGCUUCGGACGAGGAGAUGCAGACCAUAAGGAUCUCCAGCGGUCUGUCAGGGCUGCAAGGGAAAAAUAACCUCAGACUCGAGCAGGAAUAAGUGGACCCCCCUGUUAGGGAGCAGAGAGUUAACACACAAACCUUCAUGAGAGGUGGCCUACUGCGAAAAACCAUGAAAAAGAUAUACAUCGGGAAAACGGCCCUUAAAACCUCUCGAAAUGGUUGUAAACAUCAGAAAAAGAGCUCUCUGCAGGAGCAGAAGGAGGACCUGCGCAAGCGUCUCUCUUACACCACUCAUAAGCUGGAGCUGUUGGAGCGGGAGUUCGACUCUACAAGGCAGUACCUGGAAACAGAGCUGCGCAGAGCUCAGGAGGAGCUCGACAAGUUUACAGACAAAUUACGCCGAAUACAGAGCAGUUACUCAGCACUGCAGAGGAUCAACCAGGACUUAGAGGAUAAAAUCCACCGAAAUUCCCAGCACCACGAUGAUGAGAAACGGGCUCUCAGUCGCGAAAUCAUCGUUCUUAACAAUCAUCUCAUGGAAGCCAAGAUGACCAUUGAGAAGCUCAGAGAGGACAAUGACUUGUACAGAAAAGACUGUAACCUUGCUGCACAGCUUUUGCAGUGCAAUAAAUCACAUUACAGAGCCCAGUUAUCCGAGUUACCUGCAGAGUUUCAGGAGCGUGUAAGCUUGCACAUGGAGGGUUCUUCCCUCUGCCACUCCCCAUAUGCCGACACAGUGCCUGCUUCUGUCAUUGCUAAGGUCCUGGAGAAACCAGAAGAGGCCUGCAGCAGUCAAGCCUCUCGCUCACCCAGCCCACAACCCCAGGAACGCCAGGGCUUCCUUGUGGGCACCAGCCUUGUGGGUAGCACUGAGCGCCUUGGCCUCCGAGCUACUUACAAGUCAGACCUGUACAGCAGUGACACAGCACUUUAUUGUCCUGAUGAACGGAGACGAGAGCGCAGACCCAGCAUGGACCUCCAUGGACAAAGAAAAGUUUACGAGCCCCAGAACUCCACGGAUAGCAACCCAGAAGAGGGAUCAAUGUCCCUACAGCCUGGCUUCUCGCAGGACCACUUCCGAAAGUUUACAACCUCUCUGGGAGGAGGCUCCAGCUCUUACUCCAGCUUUAGUGGAGGAGGAUCGGAGGACAAGGGUCAGGAUCCUCAGAGUAGUGCUGCAUCUUCUCCACGCCACCCUGCCCUUUAUAUGGACUGGAGGGAUGGGGGUGAAUACGAGCACAAGAGCGAUUCCUCCUGGGAGCGGGAGAGUCCAAGCGCCUUCACGAAGGCACAUGCUUUUCAACCGCCUGAGACCAGCCACCAUCAGAAUGGUAGCUCUCCCAUUUACAGCAGAACAAUGUCCUCUUGUUACAGUGAACCUUAUGAGCCCCUGCCACCUUCCACCUCUCCAAGCAUCACCUAUGGUGACAGUCGCCGCGGAAGUGCUUUUGCUCCUGAGGAAGAAGAGCUGAUUGGGCGGUGGAGGCAACUCAGCGUGGAGGAUCUGAGUGCCCACUCAUACCGCAGCCCUGGGCGGGCAUCACCCUACAGUUUCUCAGAGCAGCACUUCUCUGUCCGGCCUGCAAAAAUUCGCCUUGGUCCACUCUACAGUAGCUUCCAGGAGGGUACUGAUGUAUACCAUCAUGCUGGGGUACUUGACCCCUUCUCCAGCCCAAGCCCUGACUGCAGCCCAGGUUUACGACAACAGCAAAGCCAACCACACCUGUACCGCUCCAAGGAGGAUAGCCAAGAGUCUGAGCAUAGCCUCUACAGCCCCAAGGACGGUGGGGUGGCAGCUGGGGGCCAAGCAACUGAAUAUGUUGAUGUAAGUCCAAACAGCUCAAAUGAGUCACUGGACCAUGGAUCUCUGGAAAUGGGUGCUGAACUGCAGCAUUAUCAACCCGAGAGGCACAGCGUGUCCCCUCAGGGAACCACCCCACCGCCUCCUCCACAACAACCGUACCAAAAAUUUGGCACACUAGGGCUGUCACGUAAGGACAGUCUCACCAAGGCACAGCUCUAUGGUACUCUACUAAACUAAGUGUGGGGUUUCUUGGUUACUCUUUUUUGCAGCUCUAUGGUACUAAGAGCAGGGUUUCCUGGUUACUUUCUUUUGUUGGUAGGUUUUGAAUGUUAAGCUACAGUUUGAGCCAAACACUUGAUGGGAUUUUCUGCUGAAUCUUUUCAUUCCAUCAGCUCUCUUAUCUUUUUUUUCCCUCUCGGUUUCUGUAUCUGUUAGUGUUUUCUAAACAUCAAACAUGAAUUGCUCAUGUUUGUACAGUUGAUAUGAAGCUCGGCACUAUUUGUAUAGCCUAUUUUGAAAGUUUAUUAAUGGUUCUGUGUGGUUUGUGAGAAAGUAUUUCAAGUGCAUUAGGUGGUUACGGACUUUUGGAAACAAGUCUUCGAAGAGAGAGAAAGAGAUUAAUUUUGUUUUACCAAAAGCCUUCGGCUCGAAAGGGUUUGUGAAUGGACAGCACAUGCUAUGUAAAAAGAAUUGCAAAUUUUGACAAGAAAUCUGAUCUUUUAUUAUUUAAUUUAUGAAUAGCUGUAUUUAUUGUUAAGUAUGCUAUAUCUAUUGUUUAAUAAAUGUAACACUAUGGGAAGAUUGAACAAUCUAUAUAAUUGUAAAUUAUUUAUAUUGCUAUAAAUAAGGCAAUCAGCACAAUUAUACAAGCUGCAAACGAUUAAAGAUGCCUCAAAUGAUUAGUCAUGACAAGGAUUUGAGAUUUCAUGACAAUCCAUUGAUGGAUCCUUCCAGAGGUUUGUGAGCAAGACCUUGCGCAAAUAUUUGAGAAUAAAGUCUGCAUGGAUUCAUAUUAACCUAAGUCAGCCCUUCAAGAUCAAGUCUCAGCCAAAGCGAUACUUCUAAUCUAUUUCUAUUCCACAUAGGUUUGAUACAGCUCAAAUCUAUUGCACCAUCAAACGAGUACAAUAUCUUGGAAGCACUGGGCAUUUUAUUAAAGUCCUGAUGUGUUUUGUUGGGCGAUGGAAUUUCUGAGGUGAUUGUUCUUUUCAGUGUUUUCUCUAUUUUGUUCCUCAGUGCUGUAAGCCCCCCCGCCCCCUCCCUCAGGCCCUCUCUACCUCACGAUUCAAUCCCUCUCUUCUUUCUUAAUCAGCUGGGAUCCUGUGUCAGUUGACACAAUGAUGCAUGACUCUGUUUCUUGUUUUGCUUUCUAUAUCUAAUAAAGCACAAUAGUUGCACCAUG